CUACAUUUAGUUCUGAUUCUUGGAUAUAGAUACCUAGGUGCCCGAGUUGACUCUGAAUCUCCCUUCUACCAAUUAUCGAUCGAAGAAGUAUGGAAGGACUGGGUAUGGACAGAACGUCUCCCGUGUAGAGAUGAAGUAUGUGAGUACCAUCAGCACGUUAAGCGGACGUUGAGUAUAAAGAAGAAGAUACGGUUCAAUACAGUUUCAGAGGAAUCUGCGUUCUGGCCUGAAGUACUAGUUACAAUGGGAAAGUGUGUAGCUGUGUUAGGAACAGGUGCCUCUGGAGUCCAGGUUAUCCAAGCUAUCGGUCCAGAGGUAAAACAUUUGACUGUUUUCCAGCGAACCUCGUACUAAGCGCUGGCCAUGCAACAACAAAAGCUAGACAAGGAGAUUCAGCAAAAAUCGAAACGAUUAUUUCCUGACAUGUUCCGCCGCUGCAGAUAAACUCCGAGUGAGUUUGUGAUUCCUAUCGAGCAUCACGCCUAAAAGACUGAUCAAGCUCAUUU